UAAUGGGGCAGAAUAAGUCUGUUCUGCAGAGAGAUGUGUAUCAGCAUUUAAAAUCUUUAUGUGCAUCAAGACCAAAAAACCUUGCAAAUCAAAAGCUCAAAGAGCUUUUAAAAGGGACUAUAACUCAUAUUCCAAAUGCUGACUCUGAAGCCUUCUAUACCAGAGAGGUUUGGGACUCUGUGGGGGUUAAAUUGUAUAAUGCUAUCUCUCGGCGUGACAAAACAACAGCGGAACUUCUCCCUGCUUGCCGAGUCCUAGUGGAAAUCUGCCAUGAAUGCCCCGCCGCCACGCCCCUCUGCGCCCCCACUGCACCUGAACUCUCGCAGCCACAGCCUCAGCCAGCUUCUCCAGCUGUGAGAGUGGGGGGAAGAAGAAAGGGGGGAAGGGAACAGAAACUGCUGCUGCUCCGGCCCAGAGCCGGAUCCCGAAUCCUGGAUCCCCCUGCCCUUCUGCCUGUGCUGGGGAAAGGCGCCGCCGUCCCAGCCUGCCCCGUUCCCGGCCCGCUCGCACCGCCGGCUCCCGCAGCCCCGCGCUCGGCCCUGGCUCCGGCCCCGCGGGGCUCCGACCUGCACGGCGGGGCCGGCCUGGGCUCCAUGGCCAAGGUGCACGGAAGUUGGAAGUUAACUUCGCUGGGACCUGCAUCUCAUCGCUGGGCAGGUCACCAAAGACAAUCACUUUUAGAGAUGAUUUCUCAAACUGUCAUUAAGGGCAAGGUCAGGGAAGCUGCAAGAUGGGUUUCUCAGGGCACACAAGAAACGGCCUUGUCUCUGGGGCCACAGCUGGCUGUGCUGCUGGGGCUCUGAGGAGCGCUGAUUUGAGAGGCUCUCUGUCUGCCAGGGCCAUCUGAGCCAGGGAGGAUUUUUCUUUUCUUUAAGAUUGGUUUUUUCCUUCUUUUUAGUUUUUCUUUAAGCUAUAAAUAUAGAAUGUGUUCUAAUACCCAGACUCCCAGGAGCUUUCUUUGGUGCCCAGCGUCUGCAGGGCACAGGGGAGGAGGGGAAAACGGGUCCUUGUGCCAAGCGAGCUGCCCAGGCGUGCAGUGGGGAAGGGGAAAUGGCCAGAAGCCCCUUGGCCUUUGGUGGUUCUGCUGAAGCCUUUGUGCUGGCGACAGAGCGGCUGGGCAGGGGCUGGAGCUGUAGGGAUCCCUGCCAGACUGGUGCCUGGAGAUGGCCACAAGCCCUCCUGCCCAGCCAGGAAGGGCCAUCUGUGUCCCCUCGAGGCUGCGCCGCUGCUGGGCAGGCUGGCUGGGCUGGGGGAGACCCUGAGGGGACCCUGAGGGGCGGUGGGAGGCCAUGAAGGGAUGAGGUGCUACACAGGCGCUGACGGGACAAGGCAUUGGGAAGGCAUGCGGGCCCUGUGGGAGAGAGUGGGGGGCAGGAGGCUCCAAGGGGACAGAAGUGGGUAGGAACACAGGCUGGUGGGAAGCCUUGAGGAAUUGGGUGUCAGAGGCCAUAAGCAGCCCCCAGGCUGCCGCCUUGUCCCUGACAGCCGGCUGCUCUGGUGCUUCCCCAGAGAGGCUCCCACGCCUGGGGCAGAAGCCCUGGAGGCCGGGCCUCAGCAGGAGUGUGGGGACACCCCCGAGGUGCCCAAGCUGGGCUGGCUGAGGACAAGGAGGGCAAGGGGGCCCUGCCGGGGC